AUGAGUUGUUCAAUUCUUCCAGAAUUAAUAAACUAAGUAUAUACUAUAAAACCAAAAAAACUUGAUGAACUUUAUCAUUUAAAUUAAAAGAUUAUUGUAAUUGAUAUAAAUGAUGACAAUAAAUACAAAUAAUUUAUAUUUCCAAAAGCAAAAGAAUUAAAACUAGAAAAAAAAAGACAAAUUAAAACUAGUUAAACAGCAGCAAGAUUUUAUGAUAAGAAAAUCAUAUAAAAUAGAGUUAAAGGAAAGUAGUCUUUUUAAGAUGGAUAUAUUGCUUUUUAAGCUUAAUAAAUGAAUUAAAUAUUCUCAAAUUAAAAUAUAAAUAUGAAGUAAUAUAUAAUUAAAAUAUUAGGUUUAAAUUUAUAUAUUAUUUAAAGAUUAAUGACAGAUCCUAUAAGUAGAAAUUUAUUAGUUUAUACACCAAAAAUUGAAGGAAUAAACAAAUUUAAGAGGCAAAACUUAUAUUCAGAUUAAAUAAAAGAAAUAGAUAAAAAAAUAUUUCUAUAUAAAAAAAAAAUCGAAUAGGCUAAUAAAUUAUAAAAAGAAAUGGAAUUUGAUUAAAUUUAAUGUAAUAUUAAUUAAAAUCAAUAUAAUAAAUUUGAUUUUCUAACUGGUAUUGGAUUAUAGAAAGAAUAGAAAUAAGAAAUUACAUAAUUUGAAGAAAAUAUUGAAUAGACUGAACAAAUUGAAAAUGAAAAUAAUAAAAAAUAAUAGGAAUAACAAUAAUAAUAAUAAUAAAAAAGUGUAGAAAAUAAAUAAAUUCAUUAAAAUUGUUAAAAUACAUAGAUUCUUAAUGAAAACUGUAAAGAAGAUUUCAUAAAAUUAUAAGAUAAUUAUCAAAAAUAGAUUAGUAAUGCUUUUUUAAGAAAAGAUUAAAUAAAAGGGAGAAUUAGAUUUAAAACUCCUAAACUUAGUAUAACAGGAAAAGGGAAUAAAGUUUAAAUAAUCGGUAGACCUAAUGAUAAAUAUGAAGAGUAAAUGCGAAUAUAUAAUAGAGAAUUCGUCCCUUGUAAACCAUAUGUAUUAGUUCCUAGUUUUUUAUAAAAAAUAGAUACAAUAACUAAUAAUGUUUUAGCAUAUCUUAAAGAUUAUAGGCCUUUACUUUAAGGAAAUAAAAAUAAUAUACCUAAAAGUAUUUAAGGAUUAUUAAAAGUAGAAUUGGAAUAUUUAAAAUCUAUAAAUGAUAAUAAUAACAUAAAAUAAAAAAAAAUAUAUAUUGAUAAAAUUUCUAAAGAAAAUGAAAUUAAAAAUACAUAAAAAACAAUAAAUAAUGAACAAAAUUUAUUAGAAUAUUAAAAAAGAAAAAAAAAAGGUGUUACAAAUAUAGAUUUUCAAUUAAAUCAUUUAUAAUGA